CCCACCCCCUGAGAGAACUCCUCUAUAAAAAUACCUCGCCUGUUGCAGUUCCCACUAACUUUGCUUCCCAUCUGCUCCCCCCAGGCACACAGAGGGAAUAAAAGAGAGUGGGGAUUUAAAAAAGAGGGGGCUUUGGUGGUGGGGGAGGACAGAGCAAGUCUGAGCCCCUUUGCUGAGGGAAUUUGGAGGAUGGUCCGGGAGUUGCAGCGCUCCUCCUUCUGGAGAGCGGUCCUGGCUGAAUUCCUGGGGGUGACCAUCUUCGUCUUCCUGAGCACCGGCUCGGCUACCAAGUGGACCCCCAGCGGGUACCCCGCGGACAUCGUCCAGAUCUCCCUGACCUUCGGCUUGGCCAUCGCCACCAUGGCACAGAGCCUGGGCCACCUGAGCGGGGGGCACCUGAACCCAGCGGUGACCCUGGGGCUGCUGGCCGGCUGUCAGGUCAGCCUGCUGCGGGCCCUGCUCUACAUCGCCUCGCAGCUCCUGGGCGCGGUAGCUGCCAGCGCUCUGCUCCUGGGGGUCACUCCCGCAUCCAGGAACAGCACCCUCGGACUCAACGCGCUUGCAGAAGGAGUUACCCCAGCACAGGGUCUGGGUGUUGAGAUUAUCAUCACCUUCCAGCUCGUUCUCUGUGUCUUUGCGACGACUGAUAAACGGAGAAAGGAUCUUUCUGGCUCUGGUCCUCUGGCCAUUGGUCUAUCGGUUGCUAUUGGUCACCUAAUGGCGAUUGGCUUCACUGGCUGUGGGAUGAAUCCUGCCCGAUCCUUUGGACCUGCUGUCAUCACCGGCAACUUCAAAGACCAUUGGGUGUACUGGGUGGGCCCCAUCAUCGGAGGAGUAACUGCCGCCUUUGUCUAUGACUUUGCUCUGACCUCGCGGUUCGGUGACCUUUCUGAGCGCCUCACGGUGCUCACUAACGGCCAGACCCAAGACUACGACGUGGAGGGAGAGGACGACAGCACCCGGAUGGAGAUGAAGCCGAAAUAAGACACGAGAGAGAGAGAGAGAGAGAGAAAGGGGUGGGGGAUGAGAGGCACCCACUGGCCGAGGGACUAACAAACAAGACUCAAAC